AUGGAUGGAGUUCUCGUAUAUAACAACCAUCACCCAAACAUUGGGAUGGCACCGUUUGAGACACUGUAUGGGAUCAUUGAUGAGGCCUUAGAGAAGGUCAGGGUGAUUAGGGACAGGUUGGCUACUCGUUACAGUCAGCGGAAGUCUUUUACAGAUAACAGGAACCGUACCUUAGAGUUGGAUGUUGUUGACCAGGUCUACUUAAAUAUAUCACCCACGAAAGAGGUGAUGAGGUUUGGCAGAAAGAGAAAGUUGAGUCUGAGGAAUGUUGGUAUAUACGAGAUUCUACAGCAUGUGGGUGAGGUGGACUAUGAGUUGGCGUUGCCUGCGGAGAUAGCUUCUGUUGAUCCAGUCUUUCAUGUCUCUAUGUUAAAGAAGUUCCUUAGUGAUCCAGCAUUGAUUCUGCUUGUUGAAGGAUUGGGGGUUGAUGAAGACUUGUCCUGUGAGGAGAUUCCUGUUGAGAUUUUAGACCGUCAGGUGAAGCGACUCAGAAACAAUGAGGUUAUCACAAUGAAGACAGGAAAAGCUGAAUGA